AUUAAUUGAAAAAAAAAAAUUCCCGUGCCGCCAAAAUCGCAGGAGAAGAGGAAGAAGGACAACACAAACCUAAAACGAAUUUCGAUUCAGUAAGAAGCUAUGCAAGCAAAAAUCAAUUCUUUCUUCAAGCCCUCUUCUUCUUCUUCUUCGUCGUCUCCUAUCGCCGCCUUAGUAACAUCAGACACAGACGAUGGUUUAGCCGUCUGGGAGAAAAAUCGAAACAUCAUCGUCAAUACCUACGAGCGUCGAUCUGCGAUAUUCGAUCGAAGUGAGGUGCUUAAGAAAUGCGUUGAGAAGACACCGAGGAAAGGAUCUUCUUAUGGAUCCAAAAACCUCAACAAGAAGCGCAAUUAUACCCAAUUCCACUUGGAGUUGGGGCAAUCUGAUUUUCUUCUCAGAAAUUGCGCAGAGUGUGGAGCUGCAUAUGCUCCUGGAGAUGAAUUAGAUGAGAAGAGCCAUCAAAGUUUUCACAAGAACUAUAUGCAUGGAAUCCCUUUUAAGGGUUGGCAGAACGAGAAGGCUUUCACAUCGCCUUUGUUCAACAAGAACCGCAUUGUUAUGGUAUUGGAAAAUGAUUCUCCUGCACACAGAAACAAGGUGCAAGAGGUUGUGAAAAUGAUGGAGGUUGAGCUAGGCGAGGAUUGGAUUCUUCACCAACAUUGUAAGGUGUACCUACUCGUUACCUCUCAGAGGAUCUCGGGGUGUUUAGUUGCAGAACCAAUUAAGGAAGCAUUUAAGGUCGUAGCUCCUCAUGGUGAUGGACGACAGUUAAAGAAAGAGAGCUCCUCGCCUUCAACCUCAAUUCAGUUUGGGAACAUUGUGUUGCAAAGAGAAGUAUCGAAAAGAUGUCGAGGAGAAUCAGGUGAGAGAUUAGAUGAUGGAGCAAUUGUAUGUGAAGAAGAAGCUAAAGCAGCUGUUUGUGGAGUAAGAGCAGUCUGGGUCUCACCUUCCAACAGAAGAAAAGGCUUAGCUACAUGGUUACUCGACACCACGAGGGAAAGCUUCAGCAAUGGGUGCGUUUUGGAGAAAUCUCAGUUGGCAUUUUCACAACCAAGCUCCAUUGGAAGAGCUUUUGGAUCUCAUUAUUUUGAGACUUCUUCAUUCUUAAUAUACAAAGCCCAAGUAUCUGUAGCAGGCCCAACACCGUAGAAAGGCCCAGUCAUAGCAUAUAGCUAUGUGAUCUUUUAGGCCUAAUCGAACAGUCAUAAGUUCACUUCGAUCUAAUCCGAACCGACCCAAAAUAUCAAAGAGCAAUUUAAGUCAGUCAAAGCUAUUUCAUAGUUGACUAGUUUUGUUUUACGAUUUUUUUACUGAGUCAAUGAUACAAAAUUCUGG